UUAACAGAUUAUCAGCACUCUUGAUCAUACGAAGGUGACAAGAUUAAAAAAACGAAGAGCUGAUUCUAUGACAUGCAAAUUACUCCUUCAGAAAUAGCUCCCCGCACUCCAUGUUCCGUAGCCACAUUUCUUUCAAACACAUGCAAAUUAAUCCUUCGGAAUUGCAUUAUAAUUCUGUUAGUGAUGAUCACUCCUACGAUGUUGCGCACAUUAUGCAUCAGAGUACCACCAAGUUUAUUAUAAAUUUUACUGCAUGAGAUUUCUCCUUUGACACUAACUCUAAUGAUAGAGAUUACUGUAUCAAAGAAAAGGAUCAAUAAUUUGUUAAUGCUCCUUGGGUGAAUAUCGUGUGAUUUUCAGGUUUCACUAAAACCAGGACUGUGAAUAUCUUGUGAUUUUUACUCUGUGUGUCAUCCAUGAACUAAUUAGUAUAUCAUAAUUUUUAUGUUGUGUAGAUCAUGAGACCACAAAUGUGGGAGAGGCAGGUGGAAGUACAAAUGAUUAUUACAUCAAAAGGUUAAAACUAGAGAUAGGAAUGGAAUUUGAGAAUGAUGAUAUAGCAUAUGAGUUUUACAAUACAUAUGCAGGACAUGUAGGUUUCAGUGUCAGGAAAUCUUGGCAUGAUAAAUCCUCGACGACUAAUGUUAUUCGGACAAAGAAAUUUGUAUGCUCAAAGGCAGGUUACAAGGACAAGAGCAAGGAACAAUGUCAGAGGAAGCGAGCAGAUACAAGAGUUGGUUGCCUCGCAGAGAUGACCAUCAAAAUAAGUGCUAAUGGAAAAUAUGUUGUAAGCAGCUUUGAUGAUGCUCAUAAUCAUGAACUCGUAACUCCAAGCAAAGCCCAUCUACUGCGAUCCCAGAGAAAAAUUACAGAAGACAAGCAGAGGGUAGACAGUGUCUUAGCUUCAGUCAAAAAGAUUAUAAAAAUUAUCUCCGUUCAAAGCGUAUGCAAUCCAUCCAAGAAGGAGAUACAGGUGCCAUUCUUCAAUACCUUCAGGACAAGCAGAUGGAAAACCCUUCCUUUUUAUGCAAUACAAGUAGAUGAAGAUGAGAUGAUAACCAAUAUAUUCUGGGCAGAUGCAAGAUCAAUAUUAGAUUAUCACUACUUCGGUGAUGUGGUAUGUUUUGACACAACCUUUAAGACAAAUAGUUAUGGCAGACCAUUUUCCCCUUUUGUUGGUGUCAACCAUCAUAAACAAACAGUGGUUUUUGGAGCUGCAUUAUUGUAUGAUGAAACAUCUGAGACGUUUGAAUGGUUGUUUGAAACAUUCAAAAGGGCCAUGUCAGGAAAAGAACCAAAGACAAUAUUGACCGAUCAAUGUGCUGCCAUCAUUAGUGCCAUUAACAAGGUUUUUACUAACUCAAUACAUCGUCUAUGUGUGUGGCACAUGUAUCAGAAUGCUGCAAAACAUUUGAGUCAUGUUUUCCAAGGUUCGAAGACAUUUAAGAAAGAUUUUGGCAAGUGUGUUUAUGAUUUUGAAGAAGUUGACGAAUUCUUAGCAGGUUGGAAUGUUAUGCUAGUGAAAUAUAAUUUAGAAGAUAAUGAAUGGCUACAUAGAUUAUUCCAGAACAAGGAGAAGUGGGCUUUGGUUUAUGGUCGACAAACCUUUUGUGCAGAUAUGAAAUCUACACAAAGAAGCGAGAGUAUGAAUGCACUAUUGAAACGAUACCUGCAUGUUCGCCUUGACUUAUUAGAUUUCUUCAAGCACUAUGAGAGGGCCGUGGAUGAUAGAAGGUAUGCUGAAGUGGAAAGUGAUUUCUAUGCGAGUCAAACAUCACCAAAGGUGCCAUAUGUGCAGAUGCUGAUACAAACUUCGAAAGUAUAUACACCUGCUAUGUUUGAGAUAUUUAAAGGAGAAUUUGACAUGGUAAUGGGAUAUUGUGUGUACGAGAGUGGUCGUACUGGAUCUAUUUCUGAAUUCAAGGUUACCCAUUCAGCUAGCCAAAAUAGUCAUACUGUGAUAUUUGAUCCCGAUGGAUCAAAAGUUUCAUGCUCAUGCAAAAAGUUUGAAUUUGUUGGGGUAUUGUGUCGUCAUGCAUUGAAGGUGUUGGACCACAACAAUAUCAAGGAGUUGGCACCGGAAUAUAUCUUGAAAAGAUGGACAAGGCGAGCAAAAUCAGGGCCAUCACAAGCAAUUCAAAAGUGCUCUAAUGAUGAAGAUGCAAUAGUUGUGCUAGCUAGAUAGUAUGGAUCACUAUGCCGCACUUACAAUAACAUUUUGAGCAAAGCAGCAGCAAACAAAGAGGCAUAUGCACUACUGCAAAGUAUGUCAAUUGAACUAAUGGAAAAGGUGGACCAAAUUUUACAUGGAAAUCAAGCAAAAGAUGAAUCAACAAAUCAUGAACAAGCAGAGAAGCAACCAGUUGAAUGCAACAUUGAGAAUGUAGUCCAAGCACGAGGAAUAAAGAGAAAAGAGCAAGGAAGUAGCAACAAGAGGAUUAAAUCUGGACUGGAACUGAACAAUAAGAAUAAACGUAAUACAAAAGGUAUGGUAUUGCACAAGAAAUAGCUACAUAAAUAUCUGGUCAUGUUAUUGAAAUAGAUCUAACAAAUUCUUUUGCAAAUAGGUCAAGGAGCAACAUGCAAGAAUAAGAGUGGUGAUUGUGCUUCUACAACGUCUGGGGCAAAUCCUAGCUUAAAUAUACCAAAUAAGAACAAACGUAAUACAAAAGGUAUGGUAUUGCACAAGAAAUAGAUACAUAAAUAUAUGGUCAUGUUAUUGAAAUGGAUCUAACAAAUUCUUUUGCGAAUAGGUCAAGGAGCAACAUGCAAGAAUAAGACUGGUGAUUGUGCUUCUGCAUCACCUGGAGCAAAUCCUAGCUUCAACAUGUCAAACGAGAACUAUAAUUUGCAAGUAUUGCAGCAUGCUAUGCAUCCACUACCAAAUGUUGCUAAUUACAAUUUGCAAGUAUUGUAGCAUGCUAUGCCUCCAGUACCAAAUGUUGCGAAUUAUAAUCUGCAAGUAUUGCCACGUGCUAUGCCUCUGCUACCACAAGUUGUUUCCCCAUUACCACAAGGACAUAAUUACAAUUUGCAUGUACUGCCGGGUACUAUGACAUCAGUACCACAACCUGAGAACUACAAUUUGCAAGUUUUACAGCAUGGCUUGCCUUCGCUAUCACAGGCAGACACUAGUAGUUUUCAACAGUUACUUGGCUUGCGACCACAACAACCCUAUUUCUAUCAUAGCACUCAACCGAGCCAGGUAUAAUUAUUUAGUUAAUCGCUAAAAUUAAGAUGAGCAUGCACAUGUCAUUUACUCUUUGAUUAACACUAUGUAGACUUCUGUGCUAUCAUCAUACUCGGGGUGGCCAACAUCUCAAAAUCACCAGCUGCCAACUAGCACUCAACCAAGUCAGGUAUAAUUUUAUUAGUUACUCGCUAGAAAUUAUAAUGAACAUGCACAUGUCAUCGCUUGUAUUGACUUUUGGAUCAACAUUGUAUAGAGUUCCCAAAUGUUCUUGGACUCAGGAUGGCCAACAUCUAAAAAAUGACCAGCUGCCAAUUAAGGUAUUGUUCACUUACAUGUCAUAUUCCCAAUUCAAGUUUAUAUCUCACAAGAAAUCAUUUCUCUGUUCUUCCAGGUCUUGGGUAGCCAAUCAAGUCACAUACAAGAUAAACACUUCUAAAUAGCUCUAUAUAAACUUUUGUAUCUCAGGAUUGCUCUACAAAACAGUUACCUUGCGAUGUAAUAAUUUAUCUUACCAUUCCUUUUGAUGUUAGAUGCAUAAUGGUUUUAUGCCCAAAUAAAGAUAUAUACAUGAAUAUGGAUCAGUUGAUGGUUAUUCCUUUUGAUAUGUUAGCUGUGUAACUAUUCUUUAGUUUUCCAAUUAAAUGUGGUCUUGGGCACUACAUUAACCAAAAGCGCGUUCACCAAUUUGUGAUUUCCCCUGUACUGUGCUAUUGAAAAGCAGAGAAGCCAGAGAAAAAUGGAUAGCUCUCAUACUACAAAGUUGAGUACGAUAGCUAGUUACCUACUAGUACAGAGGUAGAUACUAGUACGGAGGUAGAUGAUUAAUGAAUCUUG